AUGUCGAUCCACUUUAAGUUCAAGUCGGCGAAAGAGUUCGACACGGUCACGUUCGCCGGCGCCGUCAUCCGCGUGUUGGACCUCAAGAAGGCGAUCGUCGACAAGAAGAAACUAGCCAAGGGACUGGACUUUGACUUGGUCAUCACGGACGCCCAGAACGGCCGCGUCUACGACGACGAGACGACGCAACUGCCGCGCAACACGAGCGUCACGGUCAAGCGCAUCCCCAGCCAGCAGCCGGGCAGCGGUCUGCUCGCGCGCAUGAAGCACGAAGCGGCAGUAGCCGCCGCUGCCGCCGCGGUCCACGCGUCGCCAUCGGUCGCGCCGGGGGGUGGGCCGUCGCCAGCGCUCCCGGCCGGACUGUCACCGACGCAGCCAAUGAGCACUCUGGUGCUGACUCCGGGCGAAGCGAAUGCGGAAGGAGGGGCUCAGACAAUGGAAGACGAGAUGGCGGCCUUGCAGUCGAUCCAUGAACAGGCAGAAGACAUGCGCGGCUCGAGAUUGGGCAACAAAACGUGGACAGCGUCGAAUGGCAGCAAUGCGAAUAACGUGAUGAAUUACUACUCAGCCAAUGGAGCAGCAGCUGGAGAAGCAGGUGGCCGCACAAGUGGAGCUGGCGGUCGAGGGUUUGGUCGCGGAGGACGAGGCGGAGACUUUGGCGGACGAGGAGGACCAAUGAAUGGCAGAGGCGGGGGCCGAGGCUCCGGACCUGGGGCUGCUGCUGGUGGUGGUGGUGGGGGCCUAAAUCUACUGGGCAAUCCUCCGACCAACUAUGUGUGCUACCGAUGUGGCACGCCUGGCCAUUACAUUCAAAAUUGCCCGACGAACGGCGAUCCCGAGUUUGAUCAACAUCGUGUGAAAAAGAAAACGGGGAUUCCCAAGUCGUUUAUGAAGGCGGUGAGUGAUCCGAGCGAGAUUCCCGUAGGCGCGGGCAAGACGGUAGUGAACGCGCCGUGGGGUGGGCUAGCUGUGAUAGAACCGCAGAAUAAAAAUUUCUCUAAAUUAAUGGCUCGAUCGGGCGGCUCGGCCACCUUGGACCAAUUCAUCUCGAAUCCACCCGAGCACUUGGCAUGUCCCCUUUGCAAACGGCUGAUGAGCGACGCCGUGCUUAUUCCAUGCUGCCAAGAGUCUGCUUGCGACGAGUGUUUGCGCAGUGCACUGAUCGAGAACAAGCUUACAUGCCCGCUGUGCGACGCGAACAAUAUGUCACCGGAGAACCUCUUGCCGAACAAAGUGCUUCGAACGUCUGUCGACGAGUUCCUGAGACGUGCACGUACGGAGCAGCAAGAGCGGGAACAGCUGGUCAAGGAAGCUGAGGAGAAAGCAUUGGCCAAACAGAAGGCUGCAGAACUAGCCGCAAGCUCAGCUGCGCGCCGCUCUGGGGACAGUGCGGAUGCUACUUUGGAAAUCAAGAAAGGAAAAAAAGGUGACGAAGAGGAAGAGGAAGAAGAUGAGUUUGGCGGCGACAUUUUUGGCGAUGGCGACGAGACCGCAGAUGCUUCACCACAAAAGUCAGCUGCGUCAGCAAUGGCAUCCCCCUUGCAGCCAUCAGAGCAGCCUCCACUUCCAAAAGACGACAAGGACGCAGCUACGGAUGGCCCGAUACGAAAGGCAAGCGAUGCGUCGUCUACCGGAGGAGGCCAAACGAACAAAAAUGCGGAUACGAGCUCGCCCAGCUUAGCACCACAAGCCGUUUCUUCUAGUCACGGUCCUCCUGGGCACCAAAUGCCGUGGGGCCCUGAUGGCCCUCGUGGUCCGCUGAUGGGCUUCAAUGGCCCUCGUGGUCCAUGGUUCGAUGGACCUCCGCGUGGGCAACCGGGGCCAUGGUUUGAUGGUCGACCUGGUCCGUGGUUUGAUGGUCCAUUUCCAGGGCCUGGUGCACCCCGUGGCAAUAUGAAGGGCGGGCGCGGUGGUGGCCGGGGCCGCGGGGGUCGUGGCAUGCCUCCUCCUGGCUACUUUGGUGGUCCUGGUCCUGAUUACUUUGGGCCUCCGCCGGGACACCCCGACUACUUCGGACCACCGUUUCGAUGGUAUGACGGGCCAAUGCCUCCAUUCGGCGGACGCGAAGGCGGUGGAGAUCGCUGGUUCGAGGAAGGAUCUCGUAACCGCGAUGAAGACCGACGCCGCGAGCGCUCUGCCUCUCGCGACAGGGACCGCUCACGUGCACGAAACCGAUCAAUUGGUCGCGACGGAAAAUCUGAGCGCGAUCGCCGUGGUGGUGAUGGAAAGGAAUCGCGGCGGUCUCGUAGUCGCGAUGGCAACGCGGCUCGAGCAGCACGCAGUGGCGACCGAGAGCGCAGCAAGCGAAGUCGGAGUCGUAGCCGCAGUCGCAAGGCAGCACGUAGUCGUAGCAACUCACGCUCUAGGCAGGACAAAAAAGCCCGUGAACGUGCGAGCAGUACCCGUGCUUCUUCCUCCGCUCGAUCACGAAGUGCAAGCCGCAGCCGAUAUCAUCGUGAGCACAAGAACGGUGGCAUUCGUGAUACUAACAGGAGCUCCAGUAAGAACCCAAACAAAGACAGCAAUCAGGGCUCAGAGAAAGACGACAGCAAGAACUGUAACACGGAAGUGGAUAUAGACAGCAAUCAGGAUCCCAAGAAGGACAACAACAAGGACUCCACGAAAGACAGCACCGAAGACUCUAGUCAAGACAAGAACAAAGGCCCCACUAAAGACAGCGACAGGGACUGUAAGAAAGAGAGCAACAGGGACGUUAGGAACGAGAGCAACGUGGAAUCCAGCAAAGACAGGAACAGGGACGUAAGGAACGACAGCAACAGGGACUCCAGGAAAGAGAGGAACAGAGACACCAGUAGAGACAGAAACAAGGACUCUGGCAAAGACAUGACCAAGAAUUCCAGUAAAGACAGGAACAGAGACAUCAGGAACGACAGCAACAGGGAUUCCAGUACGGACAGGAACAGGGACGCUAGGAAAGACAGCACCAGGCCCUCAAGCAGAGACAGGAACCGGGACGUGAUGAAAGACAGCAACAUGGACUCGAGGAAAGACAGAAACAGAGACUCUAGGAAAAACAGCAUCCGGGACUCCAACGAAGACAGGAACAGGGACUCGAGGAAAGACAGCAACAGGGACUCCAGGAAAGACAGCAACAAAGACUCGAGGAGGGGUAGCAGCAACGAUGCGAGGGGAGGCGACAGCAAAGAUUCGAGGAAGGAGCGCAGCAGCAGAGUCCCGAGCAAAGAGCGCAGAAAAGACCCGAUGGACAGUCCGGACAGAAUCUCUAGUGAUAAGGACAAAAUGUCCAAAGAAGAGCUGAAGAAUCAAGUCAGCACGGUCAAGGACGUCAAGUUGGACCAGGUUGCCGCGCCUGCCAUUGAUCUUGACUUCUUGGCGGAAGCAAUGGACACAAGUGAUAACGAGACCCCCCAUGCGACGACUCCCCAUAAGACGACUCCCGCUGUGCUCGGCCGUAAGAAAAGUGACGAAAGUAUGUCAGGCAAUGAUUUGAAGGCUAAUGAAGGGAAGAGCUCUCGUAAACAUACUUCGCGUGAGCAAAAGGAGGAACGUAGACGCAAUGGCAGCCGUUCUUCGUCUCGGAAACAUGAAAAGUCUUCCAGCCGUUCCAGCCGUGGACGUCAUCGCGAUCGUGAGCGUGACCGUAGCCCGACGCCAGAGAAGCGCGUGGGAUCUUUAUCUCGCAGCCGUCGCAGUCGCUCGCGCUCGCAGUCCCGACGCGGAUUGUCUCGAGAAUCGUCCCGUCGACGCACAGCUUCGUCGAGCAAGCGCACCGAAGAUAAAAGUGCGUCGUCGUCUCGCAUGAAGGGCCAAAGUAGUGGUGGAGACCGUGAUCGCGAUCGCGAUCGUGUCCGAGAUCGCAGCAGUGGCGGAGACCGCAGCAAUGGCGGAGAUCGCAGCAGUGGCGGAGAUCGCGAUCGAGUUCGCGACCGGGGCAAUCGUGCAGAGGAUAAGGGCCCGUCUUCGUCCCGAACGAAGGGUGGACAGAGCAGUGGUGGAGACCGCGAUCGCGACCGUGUUCGAGACCGAGGCGACCGCGAUCGUGACCAGGAUCGCGAUCGUGAUCGGUCGCGCGAGAAGGAUCGACCCCGAGACCGUGAGAAAGCUACGGAUCGAAAGCGUGAUCGUCCGCGUGACCGCAAAGAACGUGAAGCUAAGCGUGGUCGCGACGCUGCAGACGACAGUGCUUCUACGGGAGGUGACCGAAAGCGACGUCGUAGUGCCGAGAAGGAGCUUCGGGGCGAGAAAAGCACAGUUGGCAGCGGUAAUGGACGCGUCGUCACGACAGCUUCCGGUUCCUCCCGUGGCUCACGUGGCGGGAGAAAUCGUCGUCGUGGCGGCGGUGGCAACGGCGGAGGCGGUGCAGCAGGUGACGAUGAUAAGCGGCGGAUUGAGGUGGAGAAAGAAGGGAAGAAUGGUGGUGGUGGUGGUGGUGGUAAUGACCGUAAGCGGUCCUCUCGCAAGAAGAAGGAUGAUCGGGGAGGUAAGGGAUCUGGUGAGCCGCAGGCUAAGAAGCGAUCGGUGCUGGAUCGACUUGGACCGAAGCUUUGA